UGGAAAAACAAAAUGGCGUCCCUUGCGACCUGGAAAAACUAAAAGUUCGAAAAAUUAUUUCCUGUAGCAGAUAGAUGACACAAGAACUUAGCUAUAUGCAGCUCAAGACUGCGAAUGAAGCAAGACAAGCGGAAGAACAACGAUGCGAACAGCGGAAAAGAACUCUAUUGGUACUUAUCACCCAUUACUUACGAGAAGAGGGUUAUAUUGAUUCCGCUCAUGCUCUCGAGAAAGAAGGUGGUGCAAGUUUAACCAAGUAUGAAGUCUGCGACAACAUUGACUUGCCAACAAUUUUACAGGAAUUUGAGUCGUAUCAUUUGGUAAAGUUUAAUAGAGGGCCGAAAAUUAUAAAGAAAAAGGUGACAAGUGCCGAUACCAACAGGGCAUUGCCUCCAAAGCCAAAAUCUUUAUCUGGAAGCUCUCGUAGCAGUUCUGUGUCACUUCCAAGUAUUAAUGGCCAUUCAGGAUCAACAGAUAGUUCUCAGUCCCCAAGUUCAUCAAAAAGACCCAGUAGUGAUGGCAAAAGAAAAACAUCAACUACAAAACAGAGACAACAAGAGAAAAAUGGCUCACCUCCUGGCAAUGGCCUUGCAUCAGCCACAAAUUCAGAGUUGAACCUGGCAGGAACAUCAAUAACAAACACUUCUAGGAAUCCAUCAAACCAAAAUACUCAUGGAAAGAAUGUUAUUAUUGAUAUGAGAGCCAUGUUGAAUAAUGCUGUCAAAGGUGAAUAUAUGGCAGUUACAGAUCCCUCAGAAAGACUAUUGAAGCCUCUUGGUGGAUUUGCUGGACUAACAGGAGAAUGGAGAGACUUGGCUGCUGUCAUCAGCAGGGAUAUUUACCUUCAUGACCCUGAUGUAAGAUGGGAUGACAUCAUUGGCUUGGAUGCUGCUAAGAGGCUUGUUAAGGAAGCUGUAGUCUAUCCAAUCAAGUACCCUCAGCUCUUCACUGGCAUUUUGUCCCCCUGGAAAGGACUCUUAUUAUAUGGACCACCAGGAACCGGAAAGACCCUGCUGGCCAAAGCUGUGGCAACAGAAUGCAAGACGACGUUUUUUAACAUAUCAGCCUCGUCCAUUGUGAGCAAGUGGCGAGGGGACUCAGAGAAACUUGUUCGGGUUUUAUUUGAGCUUGCGCGCUUUCAUGCACCGUCCACUAUCUUUCUUGAUGAGCUGGAAUCUCUGAUGAGUCAACGGGGAGCAGGUGGAGGAGGAAGCGAGCACGAAGGUAGCAAGCGAAUGAAGACAGAACUGCUCGUACAGAUGGAUGGUCUGGCAAGAUCAGAUGAUCUAGUGUUUCUCCUGGCUGCUUCAAACUUACCAUGGGAGCUUGAUCAUGCAAUGCUACGUCGUUUAGAAAAGCGAAUUCUCGUCGACCUUCCUAGUUUAGAGGCUAGGGAAGCCAUGUUGAAACAAUACCUACCUCCGUCAAUUCACUCAGGGGAAGGAAGUGUGGAGAUAAAAACAGAGAUCGACUAUGGAGAACUGGCAAAGCGCACAGAGGGUUACUCGGGCUCUGACAUUCGCCUUCUUUGUAAGGAAGCAGCCAUGAGGAAAGUCAGGAAGAUAUUCGACCUGUUAGAGAGUCACCAAGCUGAGGGAUCAGACGGCCGUGCAACACCGCUGCCAAGACUGGAAAUUGAGCCCGUGAACACUGAUGACGUAGAUGCUGCGUUGAAACACACAAAACCAUCCGCCAGGCAGCUAAAAGGCAAAUACCAAGACUGGCAAAAGGAGUACGAAUCCGUGUGAUGAAGUAGAGAGACAACGUAAGCGUCAUCCACCAUAUGGUCCACUAAUGUGACUUUUCAUCAUCGCCAUGGUAACACAAAGAUGAUCAUCUGAAAUGUUUGCCAGUGAUUGUCACUGCUCAGCGGUAUCCAACCAACGUGUCUUCAGAGUCGUUCACAAUUAGUCACCAGUGUUAUUUAUAGAAUGAACCUGAAUGUAUAUACAGCUCUCGAUAGAUAUGUGUCCAUAUGGACUGAAUCGCGGGAAACGUGUGCUAUUUGUUGACAGCCUCAACAAGAGGUCCAGCUAGAUUACAUGAUGAUCACACCCGCGCAAUGUUUAUGGAAUUUCUACUGAAUGCAUAUUUAUUUUUCGUCUAUUCUGCCUCAGUGACAUCAACAAAAUUAUCAUUAUAAAAUUCUCUUUCAAUGAAAUGAUACAUUGUGGAGAGUUAUUUUGGAAGAGUAAAGUAUCUAUUAACCAAAACUAAAUCAAUCUUGCAGCCAGUUAGAAAAGUAGUGAAUAUUAGAGUUAGCUCGCGAGAGGUGAAAGCUAGUGAACGUAUCCGACCGCGAUUUGUUUAGAGAGAGAUAAAAAUUUCGUUGUAGGCAACCCCAAGGUGCAGUAAUCCUCGACAGUUUUUCUCUCAUAGUACGCCGUAAUCACCUGAGAAAUUUUAUUAACAAGAAAUAGUGGAUGGGAAAUACAGUCAGAUUGUGAGAUUAAUUUUCCAAACGUUUGUGUUACGAACUUCAGAUAAAGCAGCACACACGGGAUACAAUGUUUAUAUGGAGUAAAAGCUUCCGCUCCAGGAUUUCCUAAACAUGAAGAUAGAUUGAUGCUGUUUCUGAGUUUUUUAUUUUGUAAAUAAACAGAUUCGUUUGAGA